UGGCAUAAUAUUGGGCUUUUUGGAUAAUAUAGCAUUCUGGCACGGUCAUUGUUAUCAACAUGUGCUAGCAGUUUGAAUGUACUGUGGUGCAAACGUGUUAUUUAAGUGAUUAGGACCAAUAGAAAAUUUAAUUCGGGGUUUAUUACAAAUACACAUUCUACUGUCUGUGGGAAACCCUAAGACUGCUGCUAGUAGCUUAAUGGAGUACAUCAACUGUUUGUUUAUCAACCAGAAUAUUUCAGGGCAAAACAAUGGCUGAGAAAUAGCAGGGUGACUUAAUGUUUAGGUUCAGUUUUAGACUGGGAGCUCAGAAGGGACAUUUGUAGUAAAACAGUGACUCUCAGGGGGUGCUUCGGUUUGUGUAAAGAUGACACUGCAGUUUCAAAUCAGAUAUACAUGCAAGGAAACUCCUGACAGUAAAUGUGGGGGUAACUUCUCUUUGAGCUCUUGUGUUUUAUGACUUCCAUAUUAAAUUUAUGUCACCUUUUUUUUGGUUUCCAUAUAAUAUUGAACAAGCACAUCGAGAUUUUGGCUACAACUUAAUUGUAAGGUUCUCUCAAUUAAGUUCGAUUUAGGGUGUGCCCAUCUCAAUAGUACCUCAGUAGCUUGGGGGGGGUGACACUUCAGCUGACAGGUGCCCAGAGGAUAAAGGCUCUUUAUCACAUAAUAUGCAGCUCAACAUAGAACCCUAUAAAAACGCUGCAAACGAGCAUAGUCCGUUCACAAGCUAAAAUAAACAAAUACACCCAUCUAUAUAGACGUAUACUGUUAUCUUGCCUAGCUCCAAAUGAAACAAUGCAGUCUUAAUUUUAUAUUGGUGUUGUGUCUACAUGUAUAUCAUAUUCUCAUGGAAGAAUGGUAUGGUAUACAGUAUGGCUGUGAUACUGUACAUUAAGCCCCUUACAUGUUCAUGUUACAAAAUAAAUACAUUAAAUUGUAAAAUAUAUGAAUCUGUUUCUAGGUAGGCCUAAUGCUUAUAAAUAACUAAACUUUUGGGGUUUUCUUUUACUUUAAUUGAGGAGAGAUUAUUACUUCCUGUGGUCCAUACGUGCAGUGACACUUACAUUUUCGGAGAUCACAUGGUGGUCUACUUUAUCAUGACACUAAUAGGUCUAAAUUUGUAUUUACAGUUUGUUGCAGAUGUAUGUUGUAUCUGUCUAAAUACGUCUCACAUUUACACAAAUGACCAAGUUAGCAUAAAGGAUCCACCAUAUCCUCAAAAUGGACGAACUUUGCCCAGCAUUUUAUUGCCAUACAAACUAGCUACAAAGUAGUAACAUGAAUGGAAAAAGUGGGAGCUAAGGUUUAGCAGUUGUCAUGGUUAACAUAGCCACCUUUACAUUACAUCUUACUUGCAUCAUACUUUGCUUUUCUGUGGUGAUCAGCUAACUGUCUGAUUUUGUCACUAUAUUGCAAUCAAGAAGUAAUUGAUAGUUCCAUUUUUGUGCCUGUGAUCAGCUUCUCAAGUCUGUGCUGUCCUGAGGGAGACGGAUGGCCGCAGUUUGAUGCCGGAGCAGCAGGUGGAGUUGUGGAACCAGCUGUACAUAAUGCUAGAGUGUUUGACGGAGCUGAAUACCGAGGUGGCUGACCUGAGGAAGGGUCUUGAGAGAAUUGUUGUGCAGAUAGUAAAAGAAGUCAAACACACUACUGCAAAUGCAGAGUCCGAUUGCAAUGGAGAGAUGGACAAAGAGACUGACAGGGAUACUGAGGAUGAUGAGGACGAGAGUUGUGCCACGGUGAAGGCGGUCGGGUGGGAAUCCCUCAGCCUGGAUGAUGAGGACCCCAUCGCCCAGCUGACCACGGAGCUGCCUGAUGAUGAGUUCAUUCCUCCUGCUGGAGACAAGCGACAGGCUCCACUUGGGGACCAACCAGAACCACACCGAGGGGUUCCAGCUGUUGCAAAGCAACAAGCCCAUGGUCAGUGUGCCCAUGGCACUCUUGGUACAAAGAGAAGAAAGAAUUUCUGUGGUGGGGGGCCCGUUCCUACAAAGACAUGUAUGAGAUCACUGAAGACAAAGACGAGAAGCAAUCCUACGCAGAACAAGGGAGAAAAGAGGCAGAAGCAGCUCUCCAGAGAGAUGACCAGUGUGCCGAGUGCCACAAGUGGUUUGCGGUAUUUGACGGGCCUCACGUCUCACUAUGAGAGCAUGCAUGGGCGCCUCAAGAGUGGCUACAUUUUUAAGGAACACAUCGAUAAGGCAAUCUCCUUGAAGUCCAAUGACCCAAUGUGCUACUAUCUGCUCGGAAGGUGGUGCUAUGAUGUCUCCAGUCUGGGCUGGCUGGAGAGAAAGGCUGCGUCAGCAAUGUGUGAGACCCCUCCCACUGCCACAGUCGACGAGGCCCUGCAGAACUUCCUCAAGACUGAAGAGCUGAGCCCAGGUUAUUCUAAAACUGCAAGGCUGUACAUUGCAAAGUGCUACAAGGAUCUGGGAAACAACUCAGCAGCUCAGCACUUGGCAGAUUUGGCUUCAAAGGUGACCUGUGUCUCAAAUGAGGACAUAAACAACAAAAGCUUGGAAGAAAUGCUAGAAACCCAAAGAGAAUGAGAAGUUUACGUGAUACUUGCAGCAAAGGGUUGGGGAGGGGGGAGGGAUGGAGUUUGGACCUGAAGCGGUUUACCUCCGUACAGGACAGCAGAGGUGUUGGAAUGCAAGACCCUGUAGAAGAGUCACAUUUUGAAAUGUGUCUUGGGAAUGCUUUCUUCCAGGGUCUUCUGUAUUGAACAGAGUGAAUGGUUAAACAAGUGUGUUCAUGUAUUUAAGGGCAACACAAAGGAUAUUGACAAUGACUUUUGUAUGAAGUGCAGGAUUUGAUUAUAUCCUAAUGUAUGUUUUUUUUUUUUUUAACUGCUAUAACACAUUUUAUUUGUUUUAUGAAGGACAUGUUUGUCCUGGUAUUUGCAUGUUAAAUAUAAAAUAGACAAACAAACGUAUUGUUUUAGAAAUCAUUCCUUUUUUUAUCCUAAUUGAAUGCAGUGAGUAUGCAUAGUAACUGCAGCCAAUUCAAUUAACUUUUAGCUUGAGAAAAUAUAUACUUCAGUAAAUUAUAAAAUCAUGCAGUGUUUUUGGCUCACUAUGUGUUUCAAGUUUAAUUUUUUAUUUUCCUAAAAAAAAAAAAAAAAAAAGAAACCUUUUCCUAGCUAACAGUAAAUUGGCUAAUAUACUUGAUGCAACCUCACUGUAAUUAUGUAUAUUGACCAGGUGGGUACUGCUAGGGUUAGACAGGAUGAAACUGUUUUAGCACAGGGGUUUUAAUUAUUAUCUAAACAGUCUUUUGUUCAUUCAGAAUGAUGGUUAGACAGGGUGUUGCCUCUGACUAAACACCGUUGUGAUAUUUCAGUAUAUCACAACACCCUGGACUAGAACAAUUUGAUUAUGAAGUGGCGUUUAUCAUUGCUACUUACAAAUACACUAAUUAGGCACUUAAACUCUUGAUUUUAAUUUGUGUGUCCAUCCACUGUUUGCAUCAGGUGAGCAUCGCUGUGUGUCUGUGUGAGAGAAGUACAAAUAGUAAUAACUAUUGAUCCCAUUUAUUUGUAUAUUUAAUAUAUUUUACUUUACUGGAGAGUAGUGCAUUGAUUAUUGACAGAUUAUUAAUGAAUGUUGUAAUGUUAUUGGAAGAGGACGGUGCAAAUGUUUGUGUAGAGGCAGGAGUUAGCCUCUGCUUUUUUCUUUGCUUGCAGAUUCAUAUUUGUUAUUCAUAUUUUCUGAUGUAGCUUCAGCCUUGGUGAUAUUGGGAAAUGUUUCAAGGGGUGGAAAGUGUGAUUGACCAAUCAGAGAACAGCAUCUGUGCCUGCUGUUUUAUUAUUCUGUUUUAGGAACAGGUUCACCACUGGUGUAUUGUGUUUCAAAGUGGUGGGAUUCAAUAUUAACGUUGUAUUUGUAUCAAAAUGAUCAACUAUAGCUUUGGUGGUCAAUAACAUUUUUGGCCCAUGAUA